AUGACUUUCUGUACUGUGUGCAAGAAAUACGUUAAGCGUACUCAACAAGCCAUUAUGUGUGAUGGAUGUGAGAAAUGGACCCAUCGGAAAUGCAACACUGGCAUUUCGGUUGCGGACUACAAAGAAGCUGUCAGUACCAAGUCUGACAUUCCUUUCCGAUGUCACAUGUUAUGGCGAAAGGCAACAGAAAUAGGAUUGUCUUCAGCAUACCGACAUGACGACGGGACUCACGACCUGAUUCGCAUGGUCCUAGGACUACCCUUCCUUCCAGAGAACCACAUAGCACCAGCUUUUAGACAACUACGUGGACUGGCUACCACACCGCAAUUAGAGGAACUGAUGACUUACUUGGAGGAAACCUGGAUCACCAAUCCAAUGUGGCCAACCAAAUGCUGGUCUGUGUAUCGGCAGUCCAUUCGGACGAACAAUGACGUUGAAGGUUGGCAUCGUCGCCUCAACGACAAGUCCCCAAAUGGACAGCUGCCUUUCUACAUAUUGGUGCCACUUCUCCACCAAGAGGCGUCACUACUUCCCCUCCAGCGGAAACUGGUAUCGGAAGGAAAGCUUUGCCGCCGACAGAGGAAAACUGGCCAACAACAGCGAAUCUUUCGGUUGUGGGACAAGUAUGAAGACAAGCAACUUCGUUCUCGUCGGUUCCUCUUCCUCUGUGGUAAAGUCAUUGGACCAAUCGACAAAUAGACUUAACAUUACUGACUGACGACGUAUGACAAGAGAAUUCUUCAGAUUCUUUCGUCGCCUCGCUGCUACAUUGCGUUAUAGGAUCUGAAAUCUCUCAGAAUGACAGUUCACUGGUUGGGUUUGUAUAUGUGGAAUUUAUUGUGAGCAUUGUAGAGCUUUUUAUUAUUCUCAGUUAAUCUGUAUUGAUUAAUCAUGUGUUCUUUUUCAGAUUUUUUUUAAAAUUUCACGUUCAACUUGUUAAAUAUAGAAAUAAUUUAUUUUGAUAGUUUUGGAAUAGAAUUUUUUAUAUAUUUGAGAUGAAAAUUUCAGAAGCAUUUUUUAUUCCCUUUUUUCUGAUAAGAAUAUGUUUUUUAGCUCUUUGGGUUUAAUAAUUUAUUUUUUCCAAUGAAAUUUAAAUUUUUACUUUUGGGUUUAAAUUUUUAUUUUUUACAUUCAAAAUUAUGGCUCUUAAAGAGGAGGCCUCCACGUGGCAAGAGCUGGGCAACGGUAUCAACAUUCGUUCUCUCUGGGUAGAAAUGAGUAAUAACAUGAUACCGGCAGACAUCCUCAUAAAUCAUUUAUAUAUAGCUAUUUGGAAACGAUAGCUUUUUAUAUUACUUUAAAUAUCAUUAAUAUAGCCAUUUAAAUAUGAAUCCAUUUAAAUAUAAGCAAAAUAAAACAAAAAAAAAAAACUAAAAAAAAAAACUAAUGAAUCUACCGGGGGAUGGAUUGACCAAAGCAUGGGGACGGCUCGACCAAAACAAUGUGUUAAUUAACAUUAUACCAGGGGACGGUUUGACUAAAGUUGGGGAUGGUUUAACCAAAACUAAGGGGCGGAUUUACAUUAACUACAUAAUUAUACGAUGGGACGGUUUGACCAAAUUUUGGGGACGGAUUAGCCAAAAUAUAGGGGACGGAUUGACCGGGACGGUUUUGUUUGG